AUGGCUGGAGCUCUGCAACCAGAAGACUCGCGAGAUCGUGCCGUCUCUUCUGAGCCCUGCUCGACCCGCCCCAAUCCCUUCGACGACAGCGAUAUCUCGUCACGGAAACGUCGCCGUACCUCUCUCAACAGUGUUUCCCGAAGCCGGUCGGUAGAUACGAUAAUAUCGUCUCCGCCCUCGCCUGCUGCCGGUGAGGUCCCGGCAGCUGCUUUGAAGAGUGACUCGGCCAUGAAGGUCGACUCUGACCCUACCAUUUCCACAAUACCUACCACCCCCGAGCAGAAGCCCCUCGACCUCGAUGCCGAGCCUCCUUCAGCAUUGACAUCUAGGCACGUCACAAUCAACGUGAGGACUCCUUCGCGUCUACCCGGAGCUUCUCCAGACUCCCCGUUAUCACCAUCCUUCAGGGCAGCCACCCCUGCCUCGCCCACCAAUGUCGUCAAGCUGAGCAUUGAGGAUUCGGAGCUUGACAUGGCCCAGGAGGAUGCUGCGCAGGAUACCCCGGUGUCGUCGGCGUCGGGACACAGCAGUCCGCCAGUUGAGGUGAUAGCGAUACCACCAGAUGAGGACGAUGAUUUUGAGGAUGGUGGGUCUAUCGCCAUUCUGGAUGGAAACGAGCAAGACCCCAUCGGCUUCGAUUCAUACCAAGAUCCCACUUUGAAUUUCCCUUGUCGCGAAGACCAUGAUUCGUGGCUGGAUGCGGUGACCAAAGCCACGAACUACUUUGCAAACCCCCAAAAGCUCCAGGAGUUCAUUGAAGACUAUUUGGUCUUUGCAGAGAACUCCUCGCACAAGAGAUUUGUGAUAUCGUUCCUUCAACAUCUGGAUCUGUGGCUGAACUUGCCUGACAUUGUCUGCGUCAUGGUAGGCCGUGUUUACCCGCCGCAAAAGGAAUUUCGAGCCGAAAUCUUUCAGUUCUACAAGUGGUUCGCCAAGUUGACCGCCUUCUUCGUCAAGAAGGAUGCUUAUGACUUCGAGAAGAUCGUGGCGGACGAGCAAGGAAUUCGGCUCCGUGAGCCCAUCACGCCAGCCUAUGUAUCCGCCCUUGCAGCACUGGUACGGAAAAGAGGACAAGAGAAUUAUCAGCGCGCCGAGGACGAGUUUUACACCGAACUGCAGCAGGUCAUUGGCUGCUUCCAGAGCUACAACACAACACCGGGCGGCACUCUCACCCAUGUGUUGAACCUGGCCAAGGCGGAGGUAGAGCUCAUCCCCCAAUACCCGAAGCUUGCGGAUCAUGUCACCAAUCUGAGCUCGCUCGCCACGGCCGUCCUGGGCCGCUGUUUCUUCGUGCACAGUCACGAUAGCCCGCAGGCGGCUCAGCGUGCCAGAGCCCUCAUUGCUCGCGGCUACCACUUCUUUCUUCACAUGUCAACAUCUCUGUCCACCUUUGUGGACAAGGGACCGAAUCACUUCUCGCCCGAAAAUGCUGCCACUCUCCUCGCGGCUCUCACAGAAAUCUACCAGAUUGCUCUUCACGUCGACGAUGUUGUUCCUCACGAGAUCAUUGCCAAUUUCCGACGAACACACCCGAUGCUUGCCACCUCGCACCUGCCUGAAGCCAUAGCGCACCUCUGGAAGUUCAAUAUCUUUGUCAGGCUUAUCAAAUCCGGCCAAAUGCAACUCCGCGUCAUGGCUGCCCAUCACAUGUGCAACGACUUGAUCGGCAUGUACAAGAAAUAUCACGAGCAAGGAGAGACGCCAAACAUGACAACGAUGCGUUUUUACGGGGAGUACCUCCUUCAAACUGGCUUGGUUAAGUACCUUCUAGGGCCGACAUGCCACCCAGAGAUUGCAGCCGAAAGUCAUAACAUCAUCGGCUUCCUCGUGGUAUCACGCACUUACAGCAACGAGCAUACGGACACCUGGUGGCACACUGUCACGACCACACAAGACACCCGGAUAUCAGAUGCCUUGAUUCUCAUGUGUACUCGGUACACGCACCUGUUACCGUACGACGUGCUGCUACAUCUCUGCGAGAAGCUCAACACGGUCCCUGCCGAUUCCUUUACAGAACCGAUGCGGCUGCUGUUGCUGGGUAUUCUUCAGCAGCUCAUGGAGAAGACCCGCGAGCACCGCACGAUUCCAGACCCACCUCCCUACGAGCUGUGUACGCGACUAAUCAAGGAAUCAUCCUGUUUUGGCCCACACUCGCCAGUGGCUCAUCCCCUCCUGCAGGAGGCUGCUAUAAAGAAGUUUCGUGAGCUUUUAACACACGGACACGGCCCCACGAUCGAUAUUCGGCGGGCCAUCGUCAUGGACUGCUUGAAUGAUAUUGCCCAUCCAACCUGGUCAGCCAUCGGAAGCUUAUGGGUACUACAUCUUAUGGCACGGAAUCAAAUUCAACAAAAUUUCAUAUUGCUGGCCCAGGAGAAUGACCUUCCGAGGCUCUUGGUGGAGGAGCUUGAAGCUGCUAUUCCGGCAGCUCAUGCCGCAGGAUUCCCCGCCGUCCUCAGUGGAGCCCACAACCUGCCGCGGAGAGAGCUUCUUGGAGCCCUCAUUAGGCACAAGAACGGACUCGUAACGAAGGAACUGGGACUCAAGCUAUGGCAGCUCCUGGUGGGGCCUGGAGCAUCCUGUCAACAAGACAGGGAUGCCGCAUGGGAGCUUCUCUUGAGUGCAUCGGAGCAGACUCAAAUUGAGAAUCGGUUCACGUCAACCUGCUUCACCGAUUAUCUUCCGACCCUGGAGCCCGAGUUCUUUUGCCAGGGCACUCUCGACUUCGUCCGUGCCAAAGUGUUGCCUCUGGUCAAUGACCCCGGGAGCAUUGUGCUCGAUGAUGAAGAGAGUGUUGAUCAUGCGGGAAUCGAACUUUUGUGGCACAUAGUUCUGACCGCGUUACCCAACAGCACCGUCGCCAAACAUGCAAUCCGCACACUUGUUCGGGAUGUCUACAUCGAGAGCAAGUCCAUCCUAACAUUUUCUUAUUACCGUGCCAGGAAGGUGCACCUGGGCCUUGUCCGGCGGUGUCUGCGGCAGCUGUCAGGGGCUGCCUCAAGACUCAAGUCAUUUGCAGAGAGCAGCAUCGCUAGUGAUGAUGCCGAUGCUAUGGAUGUCGUGCCCUCGUAUCAGGAGGUGCAGGAGCAAGACCUGAUUUUUGUGCGUUCCCUGAGCGUUCUGCGAGAGUUUCAUCGGCUUCAUCAGGAAAAGCCUGCCUUCUGUGCCCCGGAUUUGCAAUCUCUGAUUCUAGACCCGCCGCGAGACGUGGAGGGCGAGUCGGCCGAGCUCAAGUACCAGUCAUUCGACGAAACCACCCAGACUCCCGUUCAGCCACUUAGCAUUGGCAAGCUCAACACGACAGCGUCCCUUCUGGCUAGUAUCCGCCAAGUAACAGGGUUCAACAAUUACAGAAUGUACUACCGCGGAGCUCCCUUUGUACCCACAGAAGACCAGAUCUGCAAGUCUCUCGAAGAUCUCCAGAUUCACAACGGCCUCAUCCUGGUCAAGAAGGAUUCCGAGACAGUUGUGUCGGCAAGAGCCCGACCAGGUGCAUCUGCGGUAGAUGUCGAAAUCCUCGGGCACUUUGAAGAGCUUUGGGGAUACUUGUCUCUGGAGGAGAAGUUGGCUCGUGAGGCCAUCGACACGCCUUCGCUUUCUUAUCAAGAUCUGUUCCCCGUGGGCCAAUCCUUCAAGUCGCUCUAUGCCGUGUACGCACUUCGAGAGUACCUGUCUGACCGUUGUAAACGUCUGAACGUGGCGAAAUUCGAUGCAGGUUGCGAGAAUACGCACGAGUCACUUCGCAUGUAUGCAGACUCACUGACCCGGGUCAUGUCGCUGGUUGUUCCCGCAAUCUCACAUGAUGUGGCAUCCCAGUGCCCGAGCCACGAGCUGCGGACCGAGUUGGAAACGGCUCUUUUGGACAUGUUUGUGUCUCUUUCAACCGAACCGGAGCUACCAGAGGAAGCAUCUCAGUACCUCGACGAGGCCUUGCUAUCACGACUCUUGACAAAUCUGGCCGCUGCGGUCUCGGGGUGUCCGCCCGCUCAUGUGAGGAGAUGCUUCCAGAGCAUUCUUGAGGCUUGUUGUUUGAGCGAAGCCUUUAUGGCUGCGUUCUGCGCCAAACCAGAAGUUCCCCCUCUGAUCGAGAGAAUGUUACUUCAUGAACCUUGCUCGCCGGUCAGCAAGAAAACUGCCGCGCUCAUCCGACAAAAGUGUGGGAUGGAGGACUCAUUCGAGGGUCAUCCUGCCCGCACCAGAGCUACGGCUUUCAGGAAGCUGUUCUGGCCACUGGUAUGCGGGCUUGUAGAACCUGCAGUCAGGAAUCGGUCAAUUGAGGUGCUCAACUUAUGUCUGGACCUCUUCAGAGCAGUGAGGAGCGCACAGCCAGAGCUCCUCGAGGUUGGAAAGCUGUCGCGUCAGUGGUUUGACCUGUUGGCCGCAUAUGACACCACCGAGGAUGUGACCAAGCCCCACGUCACCGAUCAGGUGGCCAGUCUUCUUGUUCGGCUGGUGGACGCCCUGAUCAACAGCUACACGGGCGCGCAGCGAAGGGAACUCCUCCCAGCAGAGCCGGAGAUGGGGCUGGAUCUAUUUUGGAAACACCUCUUCAAUUCUAUGGACGAGAUACGAGACUAUGUGUCUGGACCGCCGAUUCUUACACCCCACACCCGAGCCAACCUGAUGAGCAUCAUAUUAGCAACACUUGAUGCCCAUCCGGGCGAUCUGCAAGGGAUUCUCGAUGCCAUGCAUGAUUUGGUUCUUCUUCAUCCCCGUAGCGAUGAAGACUUAUAUCACUACGAAUUACCCCAGCAGUUCGAGAGGGAAAAGGCUAUACGGGCACCUUGUGGUUACCAGGGCCUCCGAAAUCUCUCAAACACCUGCUAUUUCAAUUCGUUGUUUACACAGCUGUUCAUGAACCACGAAUUUCGAAGAUUUAUGCUGGGCGCUAAAGUUAGGGAUCCUCGCUAUGCACAGGCUCUUCUUGUCCAGACGCAGAAAGUCUUUGCGCAAAUGCAGGACAGCAUCGCGCGCUCCUGCAACCCCGAGGAGUGCGUGGCCAGCAUCAAGACAUAUGAGGAUAGUCAGAUUGAUGUUGGCGUUCAAAUGGAUGUGGACGAGUUCUACAACCUGUUGUUUGAUCGCUGGGAAGGACAGUUCUCUACACCAGAGGACAAGACCCGGUUCCGCUCGUUUUACGGUGGCCAACUUGUGCAGCAAGUCCGGUCUACAGAGUGUCCCCACAUCUCUGAACGACUGGAACCCUUUUCGGCAAUCCAAUGCGACGUCAAAGGCAACAACUCUUUGGCUAAGAGCCUGGAGGCCUAUGUCAAGGGUGAGGUCAUGGAAGGAGACAACAAGUACAAGUGCUCAACCUGUGACCGUCAUGUCAACGCCGUAAAGAGGGCCUGCCUAAAAGACAUACCAGACAGCCUCAUCUUCCACUUGAAGCGCUUUGACUUCAACCUGCGCUCCAUGCAACGAAACAAGAUCAAUCAGCACUUUGAGUUUCCGGACAAGAUCGAUAUGAGACCCUACACGAUUGAUCACCUCAGCAACCCCUCGGCCGAGGGUGAGGGAUUCGAGGACGUCUUCGAGCUCGUGGGUGUCUUGGUUCAUUCUGGAACAGCAGAAUCGGGCCACUACUACUCGUAUACUCGCGAGCGCCCAAGCAGCAGCGAGCAGCCGACUUGGAUCGAAUUCAACGACGAUGUAGUGACGGCCUGGAACCCAGCGAACUUGGAACAUGCCUGUUUCGGGGGUCCGGAUUACUCGGUACAGUAUCAGUCCAACGGCGUUCAGUACGACAAGCAAUACAGCGCUUACAUGCUGUUCUACGAGCGAGCAUCAUCUCUGGCAGCAAGUCAGCAAAAGUACCUUCAGCAAGCCAAGCUUUCGGUGCCACUUCGCGUGCCGGUGCCAGACCGCUUGGAGGGGUCCAUCCAUGAGCAAAACACGUUAUUGCUCCGGAGGCAUUGCUUGUUUGACCCAUACCAAAUCCAGUUUGUGAUCUCGGCUCUGAUACGCCUCAGGACGAUCCAGCCGCUGUGUAGCGAUGGCCAUAGCCUGGAGACCACGGCUCUGUGGAUGGCGAUUGGGCACUUGGAUCAGGUUGCGUCCCGCGUCAAGGACACUCCUCACUUCUCUGAACUUGCUGCCCGCAUUCAAAACCUGGUUCAGAGCUGCGGGUGCUGCUCUCACCUUCUCAUCAAGUACUUUGACGAGACUCCGGAGACUUUUAGGGUGAUGCUCCAGAGAAAUGUCGAUCCUGAUGUUCGCCAAGGCGUUGGCAACCUAGUGCUCCGAACCAUUCAGACUGUCAAGGAGCAAAUCCCUUCGUUCUAUUAUGGGCCAGGAACAGAGGUUGGCGAAGAUGACGCAUCCGACGAGGGCGGAUCUACGGACAUUGAGACAAUCCUGACGUUGAUCAACCAGCUCUGGCUUCACUUCCACACCAACCUUCGAUCAUGGCCUGAAGUGUUCGGUUUCAUGCUGGCUUUCGUGCAGCUUGGUCCUAAAGAACUCGCGGGCUUCGUUGGACACGGCCACCUCGAGUCACUACUGUGGAUUAUAGCAGCCGAUCCUGGCCUCGGCGACUUGCCACCACAGAUUUACAGGAUGGCCGGGGCAGUCUCUCGGAGACAACAGACUCGAACGCCGUCCUACGAAGCCAUCCUCGCUCUGCUGGACUACGUGCUCGCACGAGUGCCGAUAACGGAGCCCCACGAUAGGACCCGUUAUGCUCGUCAACAAGCUGACUCGGGCUCGACGCUCACCAUGACCAACGCGGAAGCCAAAGUCCUGUGGAUGGAGUGGCCCAAGUACGGGUGCAAUAUCUUUGUGGAUCGACUUAUCCUGAUUGGACAGAACGAAAAGGCCACCCACUCGAUUCUCACAAAUCUGAUGAAGCAGAGUCUGCAGAUGGAGGAAGCAAUCUAUAGGACGUUGCGUCAGGGGAUCAGUGGCAGCACUUCGCAUGGCACACUAUCCGCACCCUAUCUCAAGGUGGCUGGUCAGAUCUUUCUUCGUUACGCCAGCGGAUUCGGGAUGGUCAACGACUUGAUCCGCCAUGUGACCCAGGAAUGUAAAAGCCUACAGACUGCAGAGGGCAAGGCGUUUUUGGAUUUCCAGCGGAUAGCAUUUGAUGGUCCGAGAGAGUGUUCGGGAGAGAACGAGGAAGAUAUCCAUCUGAUCGGUCUUGAGAACUUGGUGGAAUGGGCCCCCAGCUUGCUUGGCUAUUAUGAACCGGCUGUCGGGGCAGAAGUCGAGCAGUUCUUGCAAGAGAGGCUUUUCACUCACCGCACCUAUACUGUGCAAGCCGAGAACAUCAUAUCCGAGGAGGAUUCGGACGAAGAUGAGGGCAUGGGUAUGGCUGAAAGGAUGAACCAGACUGCCAGGGCACUUGGUCUGCAGUGUCUCUACUACCUACGCGACAACUAUGUUAUCCGAAAUGCCGAUGUCUCCCAGCAUGUUGUCGCAAGCUUACAGCGAGUGAUCACCAAGUGCAGGAAGUACUUCGACCUCGAAAACCCGGCUGAAGACAAGCAGGGCCAAGAGUUCACCGAGCUUAGCACGGGUGAGCACCGAGAUGCCUGA